AUGAGGAGAGCAGGACCAAGUGGUAAGAUUCCAUUUGGAUUCUUUAAUGUAUGGGCUGACCAUCCAAACUUCAUGGCAUUGGUAGAAGAAGUAUGGAAAGAACAUCAUAAUUCAGAUCCUACGAAGAAUGUUUGGUACAAGUUGAAUACUCUAAGGCCAUUACUGAAGCAAUUAAAUAACGCAGAGUUUAGAGUUGCUAAAGAGAAACAACUCUUAGAGAAUCUGAAAAAAUGGUCAUUAAUAGAAGAAAACAUACUUCAACAGAAAGCUCGAGCUAAAUGGAUAAGAUUAGGAGAUGCAAACUCCAAGUAUUUUUCAGCAAUUAUGAAGGAAAGAAGACAAAGAAAAGUCAUCACAGAACUUGUCAAUGCUUUUGGAGAUAGGCUAACAUACGAUCACCAGAUCCAAGAAGAGAUCAUUACCUUUUAUAAAUCCCUGAUGGGAUCAGCUGCAACCCAAUUACCUGCAGUAAACAAACAGGUGAUGAAAAAUGGACCAGUGCUCAAUCAUAUGCAUCAUAUCGGUCUCUGUGCUGAAGUUACAGCCCAAGAAAUAUAUGAAGGGAUGUGUGCUAUUGGAGAUUAUAAAGCACCAAGAGUAGAUGGAUAUAAUGCCUUAUUCUUCUUGGCCUCUACUAAAAGCAGAAAUUUGUCAAGCAAUUAA